AUGAAUUUCGACCCGAAUCCGGAUUUUCCUCAAUUGUCCACAAAAGUGACGGUCGGGUGGGAUCAGAAAAGAGGCCGAUUCAUCAAGGCGAAAGAGAAUAUUCCGGCCGGAGAAGUGGUUUGCAUCGAGGAGGGACUCACUGUGAACAUCAAUCCGGAAUGCUGCUAUCGGUGUCUCACAAACAUGGAAAGCACCGAUUUCGCGUAAGAAUGGCCAGAAACGUAGCUUUUAGAAUGGAAACAUUUGCAGAUAUUGCGAAGGAUGCGAAGAGUUUCUGGAACCGGGCGAGCUGGCUUCUGGAGGUUUCGACAAGCUCGGCAUCUUCAAACUUGCUGCUCACCUCGUGUUCUGCUAUCCGUUCGAAGACAUGGCCACCCUCGUUCAAUCUUCCGAUCCCGGUAAUCGCUCGCUCAUUUUGACUCAGAACACUUUAUUCUAUUACAUUCAGAAGUGCCGAAAUGUGCGCCCAAAACACUUUCAACAGACAACAUCCAAUCCGUUUAUCAGCUGGCUCCGUUCCCGGAAAUCGGUGAAACGUUCAAAGCGAAACACAUUCAAGACGGCAUUGCAAAGAUUAUGAAGGCGUUGGAAACGGUUUGCCUUCUUAUUACUUUAUUCAAUUUUUGUUUCGUUUUAGGACUCAAACUGGGGAAGGUUAAAAUUUCCAGCUCGUCUGAUGACAUUCACGAAAUCACUUCGGAUAAUGGCAGAGAGAUGCGCAAAGAAUGCGCACACGAUCUACAGUAUCGAGCAGAAAGAGAGCGGGUGAGACAAGACUUUGAACAUUCAAGAAAACAAACAUUUCAGAUCCGACGAGCUUCCUAUUGGCACUGGACUUUUCCCCAUCGCUUCAAUUUUCAACCAUUCCUGCACUCCGAACGUCUUUGCAUUGUCAGUCACAGAAUUCCGAGUUUCCAACAUUUACCUUUUUCAGUUUUGUUCGCAACAAAUUCUACUUCGUCAGUCGGGGAGUUUCGAAAGGCGAAGAGCUCGUGGACAGCUACGGAGUCACUUACAGUCAGAACACUCUUCCGCAAAGAACCGUGAGCUGAAUUCUGGAAGGUUCUGCUCUAAACUCAUUAUUUCAGGAGUUCCUCAGAAACGUUUCCGGAUUCCGAUGCCACUGUGACAUGUGUGUGCAGAAAAAGAGCGACGAAAUGCUCGAGAAGAACUUCAAUAACGUGGAGAAGUGUGCUCGCGACGUGAUUUCCUUUCUGGAUGUUUCCGAAUACUCGGACUACAUGACGCCCGGAACCAAAGAUAUUGAGAGUCUGAUCGUCGCAUUUGCCCGGAGACCAGAUUCUGAUAUAUACACAGAGAAGAUGUUCGAGCUGUGGAGGACGUUCAUCUCGAAUGCAAACAUGAGAGGAAUCCUGUUCGAUCCGUAUCUGAGUGAGAGUGAAUUCACUUUCAGCAUUUCUAGGCUCCUUUUUUCCAGUCCGUCCAUACAUGGAGAUGACUCUUUUGUCGUGGAGUGAACAGGUUCAGUGUUCGGAAGAAGAGAAGGCGUCCCUUCUGAUGACCACGUCUCGACUGCUAUCCACUUUCUAUCAAAAGUUGCAUCCACUGCACUAGUCAGUCUGAAUAUCUUCAUCCAGAUUCUUAAAUUGACAAUUUUCAGUAAUUUGGAAGGAUUGAUCAAUGCAGGAAAUUCAAAAGAUCGGGGUGCCAUCCGAAUGGCCAUCGAUCGUCUGAAGUAUGGAGUACGGAGAGUGUGGCCGACUGAAGAAUUUGGGGCGGAAUCAGAUGAAAUAGAUCUCGAUAUCGAAAAUUUUUGAUUCAUUUUAUUGCUAACCAUUAUUCAUUCCAUCUGCCAGAUACAUUUCUGGCACUUCCCCCCACUGGCACUUCUAAUGAUCUUCUUUCUAAUAAACAUUGUCUGCACUUUUUUCAGCCACUCCUCUCCCUUUCCGCCGUUCUAUGACACCUUUUCCCCGUCACAUUUGUAAGCCACGAUUACCUGUUCUGUUCCGGAAUUUGGCACAUUUUCUCUCCGAAAAUAGAAUAUUAAUCCCUUUGCUGAUAACAUGAAGAUGGUCAAGAGGCGAGCGAAUCGAUUGAAUUCAAGGACUACACUGUUCAGGGCGGGGCGGCGAAAACGGGAAAACAAACUGGAGGCGUUCACGGAAUGGGCUACUGGAGCGACGAAAAAUGGCGUCACGGAAGAGGGGGCGAAGGCGAUAACGGCAGGAAACGGAAGUUCGGAAUGGAGUGAUAAGAGCCGCGAGGAGUACGUUCGGACGGGUUUGGAACGAGGGAGAUCGGAGGGUCUCAGGCCGUGCAAUCCAGGAAAUCAAUAAACCAUUAAUCCCGAUUUGAGCAUUCUUAUGAUCUUAAUUCUGAUUCUUGACUUGCAUCAUAAAAAUGCCAUAGAUCAGGUCAAUUUCAUUUCACACAGGGCUGUACGAUAAGUAUUGGAAAUUGCUUGGAAUCGGACGAUAUCCGUUGAUCCUAUUUGUCUGGAACUUUGUCUGAUUCGGAUAAUGGCAGAAAAAUUAGAGUCCGAUUGGAUAAUUGAUAAUAGUGCAAACCUGUUUUUGCGGUUUUCCUUUAGAAAAUCCGCUUACUGCAACCUAAACUUUCAGACCGUAAAAAAGAAAGCAGCAAAUGAAAAAAGAACCUCAAACUAAAACUUAUUUUAUUUUUUUGUUAAAAAAAAACAUUAAAGACGUGAUGAUAACGGAAAAAAAAGAGAAAGCGCAGAGAGAAAGAGAAAUUAAGCUGCAGUAUUUACCAGUGGAGAAGUGUGAUAAGGAGGUGAUAAAACGGCGUUUCAUAUAAAAAGAGAGGGCUCCGAGCGGCCCGACCAUUUGCUUUUUUGCUCCGCCACGCAUCGAGAGCCGAAUGAGUAACAACAAGAAUGAUCCGAACGGAGCCGUCGGCGAGCCGGAUGACGUUCCCGUCAAGCCGCCCAAGAUAUUCGACUUUGCCGAGUGGCCCUUCGAGAUUCCUGACGUCUUCAAGGUGAGCUUCUUCUUCUUCUUCUUCUUUUUCUCCCUCUCUUUGCCCUUUCUGUUUUGGAUUUCAUGAUUGCAGAGGAAAGAACUCUCCUACAACUACAACUACGAUUUGGCGACGUCGAAAAGUCUGAUGGUCAUAAAAAUGAUAUUCAAAUGGCGCGGAUCUCUGUGGGAGGCUGUUUACAAGUGAGUGCUCCGCCCAAAAAAAUGAUAACUGGGAGUCGUAAAAAAGAGCACGAGUCAUUGUGAUAUCGAGAGUUCGUGGGCAGCUCGUAAACUGACGUCGUUCCCGAUUACAGAGAGUUGCUCGCAUGGAUCUGUGCCUACACAUUCGUCUCGCUCAUUUAUCGAUUCGCCCUGACAAGGAAUCAGAAAGAGUAAGUGAUGUCAGAGGAAUGACUGAUCGAUUGGUUCAUUUGAGCACCGAUCAACUGACUGAUCUGUUAUUUCCUAAUCGUUUUCCCACUUCGACACUCACUCUUGCAGUCUCUUCGAGAGAUUCGGAGAGUACUGUGAUGCUCGCAUGGGCUAUUUGCCCCUCAAUUUCGUGCUCGGAUUCUUCUGCAACAUCAUCAUCCGGAGGUGGCUCAAACUGUACACAAGCCUCGGAAACAUCGACAAGUGAGCCUCUUGUUUGGAAACCGAAAAGUUCCCUACUUUCUUUCAGUAUCGCCCUCUUCGUUUCUGCCUACGUUAGAGGGAAGGAUGACAGAGCCCGUCAGAUACGGAGGAACAUAGUCAGGUACUUACUGCCGUCCCCCUCUCUCUCAUUUCCACAUGCUUCUCAGGUACUGUGUCCUCUCUCAAUGCCUCGUUUUCCGUGACAUACACGUCGGUGUCCGUCGCAGAUUUCCAACCCUCGAAUCGAUCGCACAGGCGGGAAUCCUGCUCCCGCAUGAACUCGAAAAGUUCAAUGCGAUCAAGUCUCGAUAUCAAAAGUACUGGGUCAGCUUCAACUGGGCACUCGAACUGCUGAAUGUGGCCAAAACGGAGAAAAGCAUAGAUGGAGACAAUGCGAGGAACGCGAUCGCACAGGAGAUCAGCAAGUUCCGUGCCGCACUGACGACGGUCUCCAUGUACGACUGGGUGCCGAUCCCGCUGAUGUACCCGCAGCUGGUGAACAUGGCUGUGCACACCUACUUCUUCCUCUGCGUCUUCACGCGCCAGUUCUUCAUCUCCGCUGAUGCUCACAACAAAACUGAAGUGGAUCUUUACAUUCCUUUCAUGACUAUCAUCGAGUUCAUUUUCUACAUGGGAUGGCUGAAAGUGGCGAUGGAAUUGUUGAAUCCUUUCGGAGAAGACGCUGAUGAUUUCGACUGCAAUCUUUUGAUCGACAGAAAUCUCGCCAUCGGACUCACCUCAGUCGAUGAGGCAUACGACCAACUGCCCGAGGUGAAGCCGGAUGUGUUCACGGGAAGAUCUGUGAAGCCGUUGGAUUCAGAUGACACCAGAAGUUUGAAAUAUCACUUUGGAAGUGCAGCUCAGUAAGCGAACACUAUCAAAAUGUCAAGUACUGUAAUAUUUCAGAAUGGAAGAGAUCUCCUAUCUGAAAAAGGAAGAGGAGAAGAUGAUAAAGGCGGGAAAGAAGCCGAACAAAAUGAAGCUGUGGCUGAAGAGCAUGAAGCGAAAGCGCUUCGAGACUUCGGCGACGCAAUCCUACUCGGUUUCCUUUCCGAUUCCCGAGUGACUUCCGUUCCAACAAACCAAUCACGGGUCCUCCGAAUAUAAAUCAACUUGAAAAAACAAUCAAUAAAGUGUGUGUCUUCUUUGUAACCUGUCCUUGCAACAGAUCUUCUUCUUCUCCUUAUUCUGCAGAGAUCUCUUCUGCACUUAUCUUUUUGUCAUCUUGAUUACGCGUUCUCCAUUCCCACCAAAACGAUGCGUUUUCUUACCUUUUUCCAACUUUGGCUGUCCAUUUUCUCACUGGCCGAUGCUCUCCGAAUCCUUCAAAUCGUGCCCGGUUUCACCAAUUCCCACGUGCUUUUCAACUACAGACUGGCCGAAACGCUCAGGUAAUCAAAACGGCCAGAGACUACAAAAUAGAAAUAAGAAUUGUGUUUCGUUCCGUCGCAUUCAGAGAUCAGAUCUUACACAUUCUCCCUUCUCUGCCCUUCGAGAGAAUAUGCUUUUCUGCUUCCUCACUUCGAAAACGGUUUCACACUAUUCAUUCAACAUGAUAAGAAUGGCGUUUCGAAUUCCAAUUUCGCUCAUCGCGGCCAUUCUCUCAAUUCGCUUCGGGACCCGCCCGUCCUGAAAGUAGCUGCGCCUUCAAAGGUUCGCUCGCCGCGCGUGGCCUUUUCCUCCGUUUGUCAACGAAGAACAAACUAUUCGUUCGCUUCAGAUUCCUUGGCCACGAUGUGAAAAUGUGGACUCAAAUGGAGAUGGCGAUGCUGGACACUGGAAACAAUAAACUUCCAGAAGACGUCGUCGAGUACAGAAUACCCAUUCAUUUCACAGAUACUCUGAAAACAGAAGGGCUCAAGGUUCCCCGGUUUUUUGGUUUUCAAUUCCAACCUUAACUGGUUCCAGGUCUUCCAAUCCAUGAUGUUUUCGUCCGGCGACGCCCACGAUCUCUGGUGGACAGGCCAGGAGUUCAAGGACAUGAGAGUGGAAGCCUGCGAGCAGAUGCUCACCCACGACGAAAGAGUUUGAUUAGCAUUCAUUCAGCAGGAAUGACGUUUGACCAACACAGGUGUACGAGGAGUUUCGGAAGGACGGAUUCGACGUCGCCAUCGCCCACUUUCACGACUUGUGUCCUUUGGCUAUCGCGAAAAAGAUGAAUGUGAAACGGGUGAGCGUUUGCACUGACUGACCGACGGAGAUCAGGUACACCGAUUCCGAAUUGUCAUCGUUUCGAAGAAAAACGCAACGGAAGACUGCCUACCUACCGCCGCGAUUAUUGGAAUUCGAAUGUGCGCUUGCCUCUGUUAGAUUGUUGUCUCUAGUUAGGAACAAAAGGAUUCUGUGUACAAAUCGGAUGAUAGUUGGGACAUUCUUCAGGUCAUCUGGAUCACGCACGGCACCUCAAUCUAUGAUUUCGCCGCUGUGCAACUCGGUCUCCGAACCAUCCCAUCGUCAAUUCCGCAUCCUCUCUCUUCUGGUAACUCCCCAAAAAGGAGGUAAAACAUCGACCCUGUUCAGCUGGAUUCUCUCAGUCGUUCGCCGACCGCCUUCAGAACACUCUCUGGCACCUCUCCCUUCUCGACUUCGUGAAUCUCCCUCAAAACCUUCUUAUCGAUGAGAACCUUUUCUACAGAAGUUUCCCCACAAAACCUGAAAUCGUUAAUGGCCUUUUUUCAGAAAUGGUGGGAGCCGAUCAGGACGAUCUGUGGGACCUGGCCAAGAGCACAGUGCCUUCUCUCUUGAUAAAUGGGGACAGAAUGCUCGAUUUCCCGCGUCCACUGCCCCUUCACAUCGCAUUCUCCGGAGAGUUGGGAGUGCGGAAGGGGAAGAAAACAACCAUGGAGCCGUGGUUGGAAGAAAUAAUCGAGAAACCGUCAGAAGGUUUGAUCGUCUUUUCGUUGGGAACUGUUUCGAAUACAACGAACAUGCCAGCUCAGAUGAUAGUAGGCGAUUGUAGAUAGAUUUUCCAAUGCAACUACAAUAUUCAGAAUUCCUUCCUCGGAGCAUUUGCCAAGUUGAAUACAUACACCAUCCUUUGGAGAAUGGAGAAGUCAGUAGAAGGAGCAGAGAAAGUGGACAAUGUGCAUUUGGUAAAAUGGUUACCGCAGAAGGACAUCAUGAGACACCCGAAGAUGAAGCUGAUGAUCGCCCACGGAGGAUACAACUCGUUCUUCGAAUCUGCGCAGGCCGGAAUCCCCGCAGUUCUCAUGCCUCUUUUCGCCGAUCAGAAGAUUAAUGCGAAGAGAGCACAAAGAUACGGAAUGGCCACAGUUCUUGAUAAGCUGGAUCUGACAGUGGAGAAGGUCCACGAAGCAGUCAUUGAAGCCCUGCGGCCACAGUCAGAAGACUUGUUCUUGUCCAUUCGCCCCACAUCUUUUCUUACAGAUAUUCUGAAAACGCGAGGAAAUUGUCGGCGAUGCUCUCCGACCAGGUCUCUCAAAUACCGUACUCCGCCCUACAGUACUCCCUCAAACUGGCAACCAGCCCGAAACCGUCCCUUUUCACCCUCAAGUCUCAAUACCUUUCAUUCCUCGAGUUCCAUAAUCUUGACGUCAUCUCGCUUGCCGUUCUCGCUUUACUUUUCGUUCUCUGCUAG